AUGAAAACCCACUGCCCAAUCUCUUGUGGUUUUUGCGAAAAGAAACCAGAAACUGGCUUGACGCUUCCACCGAUAUUUCCGACCACUGUUCCAGGUGACUGCGAUGACCUACGAGUAGACUGUCUUGUUCUUGUUUCUCAGAGGUACUGCAAACUUUCUCAAAGCUUUAUGAAGAAGUACUGUGCGAAGAGCUGUGGAUUUUGUUUCAAACCACCGCCAACGGAUGGCACAAAUCCUGCUACCGACCUCACUCCAAUAACGACGAAUGCACCCUUCAUCACGUUCUGGAGGACAUCUACACCAAGCCCACGAGGACGAACUGGUACCACAUUCACAUUUACAACCGCUGAACCUUCAACUUCACAAUCAUGCAAGGAUCGCAAACAUUUCUGUCAUCAUUGGAAACUAGCAGGAUUUUGCGAAGGAGUCUUCAUGAGUUACAUGAAGAAAAACUGCGCUGCAUCUUGUGGAUUGUGUUAG